AUGGCAUUCAACAACCGAAAUUCGCGUUUAAGAUUUAAAAGAAAUAUCCGUCGUAAUAGACAAUUUUCCAUACGUCCCAUAAAUAAUAACGGCACGUCUCGAUCGGUUAUCCCACAUGUUAAUGCUCUACAAAUAAGACCACCAUCAGCUUCAAUAACCAUGGAAGAAGAAAUGGUACACGAAGGGUUCGCCUUUAACCUACAAUAUCAGAGUACUCAAGGUUCUAACGAAAUUUCUACUUUUUUAAAUAUUAAUAUCUUACAAAAUUUAUCAUAUUCCUCGUAA